AUGGCAACUGCAGUCUCCUCCCAGCCUUUGUUUGAAACGAAGUUUGAACCCAUUGAUAAUGCAGGUUCUUCAUCUUCUGAUUUGGGGACUGCUCUCUGGAAGUCAUCCUCUAAAGGAGAUGACGCAGAAGUUAAAAGACUCAUUGCAAAUAAGGCACCCUUGGAGAAGGUGAUUGAUGGUUUUACUCCUCUCCUAAUCGCAACUAAAAACGGCCAUAAGGAUGUUGUGGUUGAUUUGCUGAGUAACAAGGCGAAUGUUUACGCUCGUGACAAGGAUGCAUACACCAUCAUCAACCUUGCAAUGAACAACAAUCAUGUUGACAUUGCCAAAUACAUUGUCAAACAGUUCCCUGAUAUGGUUGUUACGGAUCCCCGUCUCCCAAAGGGCGCUGAAUGGUUGACUCGGGAAUUCAAGAAAAUCUCGGACAACGUCAAAGACCAUGCAAGCAAGCCGGAUCCAUCCUUGUUGAAGAAAUUCAUUAAGUGGGACCUCGGUCCUAUCGAAAAUCGCAGUGUCUCCCAUGUCUAUUGGGAACACAUCCUCCUCCGCUACGUGGGAGAUGUUCCACUAGACAUCCAACGAAACUAUUCCACCAGUCUCACGCUGUCCUUGGUCGGAACAUACGACCGUAUUUUGAAAGGCCACGCAGGAAUCAAAGAGUCAGCAGAGUUGCUGAACAAAGUCUUACCUACCACUCAGUAUACGAUUGCUGGAACUGUUGUGGAAACAAAGAGUGACUGGGUAACCGAGCGUUGGGAGUAUAAUGUCAAACCCUGGCAGGUAAAGGAUGGAAUCGAUACCUUCCUCAUCAAGGACUCCAAGAUUGCAGUGAUGAUGAUUAAUUAUAAUGUGGAGGAAAAUAAGUGA